CCUGUCCACCAGAAUGACUAAUUAAUAAAUGAUGAAAGAGAGCCUAGUUGUCGACAAAUUCAGUUUGAGUUAAGACAAACUUGGGUUAGGACAAAUUUAAGGGAAACAAUUCUCAUUUGUUGAAUAAAGAACUUUCACUUUUUUAACCUAUAAAAUUCAUUUUACAUCAGAUUCUUGAAAACCAAUUCGAAUUUUCUGUGGCUCUUUGUUUGAACAAACAGUACCCAGUUUGUUUAAAAGAAAAGUCUUCACUUUUUUAGUCGUUAAAACAAUUUAUCUCAGUUUCUAGUUUUUUCUUGAAUUUUUCAGUUCGCUUUAAUCUUGGAUUCUUGAGGGUUCUAGAAAUCAAUUUCUAACUUUUUCUUUAAAUUCCAUUAGCGUUAAUCAGGAAUUCUUGAGGGAUUUAUUGCCUAAAGAAGGAAAACAAAAAGGUUGAAAAUGAGAGAAGAAAAUUCGUCUGAUAACAGAGUGAAAUCAUCAAAAUUUGCUGAUCAAAACCAGGUUCCAAAGGGAAAUAACAGCAUUGUGAAGGGGAACAGCAAUUCCUCAAAGACAAAAUCCUCAUGGGGGUCUCACAUUGUGAAGGGGUUCACUGCUGCGGAGAAGAAAACGAAAAACAAGGUGCAAACCACAACACAAGGCCAGAAAUUGCAACUCGCAGGCUCUGCAGGCGUUGGAAAUCAAAAGAACCAAUCUGCGGCUUCGCAAUCAAGAAUCAAGAGGUCUCUCAUUGGUGAUCUAUCUUGUUCAAUAUAUGCUACACAAAUUCAUCCACAUACAGUGAAUGGCAACACCAAGACUAAGUCUUUGGGUGGUUCUCAAGAUUUGUUUCUGGAGAUCGAUCAUUUGAGGAGCUUACUCCAAGAUUCGAAGGAUAGAGAGUCCAAAUUGCAAGCUGAGUUAUCAGAGUACACAAGAAACCCCAAGGUUUUGGAACUUGAGAUAGAGCUUGAACUUAAAAAGAGUGAAAUUGAUGGCCUUGUUCGGAAAGUUGGAUUGCUUGAAUGUGAGAGGGACAGUCUUUCUGAACAAUUGAUGACUUUGAAUUCAGUUUCUGAGAAGCAGGAUGAGUUAUCCGGAAGAGAAGAACACGAGAAUUCACGUGGAAUAGAGAUGGAGAUUGUCGAGUUGAGGCGCUUGAAUAAGGAGCUGCAGCUUCAGAAGAGGAAUCUUACUUGCAGGAUUUCUUCCUUGGAAUCCCAAUUAGCCAAUCUUGCCAAAGUCUCUGAGAGUGACAUCGUUGAGAAAAUUAAAUCAGAGGCAUCUGUGUUGAGACAUGCGAAUGAGGAUCUCUGCAAACAAGUAGAGGGCCUUCAAAUGAAUCGAUUGAAUGAGGUUGAAGAGCUUGUUUAUUUGAGGUGGGUUAACUCAUGUUUAAGAAAUGAGUUGAACAAUUCCUUGACAGUGAAUUCGAACAAAGCUUCAACCCCCGUUUCUGUUGAGAAAGGAAGACAAUCCAUUUGCUUCUCAUCUUUUCAGACUAAUGAAGAGUCUAACAAUAGUGCUACGAAGACGUUAAAUCUUAUAAAGAAGUUAAAGAAAUGGCCAAUUACAGAUGAAGACAUACAACAAUUAGAAUGCACAGAGAAUUAUGCGAAUCGUAAUUGGGAUGAUUUACAGAAUUCUGCACGAAGGCACUCUAUAAGCGGAUCAAAAUGCUGUCAUGAAGAUUUAAUUCUUGCUAAGAGAAGGCAAUCUGAUGGUUUUAUAUGUUCCAAGGAAGCAGAAAAUGCAGAUGCUUCCCAAAAGUAUGAUCUGGGUGUAAUUAACAGUAAAGUGUUAGCUUCAUUGGAGGUUGAGAAACGGACAUUAAGAGUCCCUAAUCCUCCUCCAAGACCUUCUUGCACAAGUUUAUGCGGACGGAAGGAAGAAAUUUCUAUACACUCUGUUCCUCUCCCACCCCCUCCCCCACCCCCACCGAUAGGUGAAAUUGAGACCCGAUCAUCGCAUUUGAUUGCUAUUAAGGCGGAUGUUGAGACUCAAGGAGAAUUUGUGAACUUCCUGAUACAAGAAGUCAAUGAUGCAGUUUAUCAGAAUAUCGAAGAUGUUGUUGAAUUUGUGAAGUGGCUGGACGAUGAACUCUGCUUUCUUGUGGAUGAAAGAGCAGUUUUGAAGCACUUCAAUUGGCCAGAGAAGAAAGCUGACACAUUAAGAGAGGCAGCAUUUGGAUAUAGAGAUCUAAAGAAGUUAGAGCAAGAAGUUUCGAAUUUUCAGGAUGAUUCUCGUAUGCUAUGUGAUAUUGCAUUAAAGAAAAUGGUAUCUUUGUCCGAGAGAAUGGAACGCACGGUUUAUAAUAUUCUACGGACAAGGGACUCAUUAAUGAGACACUGCAAGGAGUUCCAAAUUCCCACUGACUGGAUGCUUGACACGGGGAUAUUAAGCAAGAUAAAGUUUGGCUCCGUGAAACUGGCUAAGAUGUACAUGAAGAGAGUGGCUACCGAACUUCAAUCCAAGGGCACAUCGGAUAAAGACUCUUCCAUGGAUUAUAUGCUACUCCAAGGAGUGAGAUAUGCUUUCCGAAUUCAUCAGUUUGCUGGAGGCUUUGAUGCAGAAACAAUGCAUGCAUUCGAGGAGCUUCGAGAUCUUGCUGUCGUUUUAAACAAAAAGUAGAGAAAAAGAGAGGGAAACGGUACUAGUGGGGAAAAAAAAUAGUAAAUGUAUGUUGUCUGGUGGGGAAUUCUGAUUUUGAUGGCAGCUUACCAUCUCAGUAAGUACCAACUUUAGUAUGAUGUUACUAUUUAUAAGGUCAGAGUGAUUAAUGUUGUGAUGAAGUGUGAAUUAUGAAUUUCUUUUUUGAGAUAACUGGUCGAAAAUUAUCACGAA